GAGAUGAAUAAAGUGAGAGUUCUUUUUAGGGUAUAGAUGCCAGAUGCGGUUUGAUAAUAGCAUUUGGCAAAACCUAAUGAACGAAGAAAGAAAGAAAGAAAGAAUGUUUGGUUAAAUCAUUUGUCCUGCUCUUUUUUAUGUUUCUUGUGUUUAACUUCAAGCCUUUCCUCUUCUUCUGAUUUAUAUUAGCCAUCAUGUGAACUUUAUUUUGCAACAAAAUCAAGCAAAGAAAAAUGGAGAUUUCAUUGAGAGCAGGAUGCAUGGCAGUUUUUGCAGUGUCAGGAAGCGUUGUUCUUCUUUCCCUCAAAGCCCACAAGCACCUCAUGUCUGAUUUCAUGAACAAGAUUGAAUUUGAAUUUGGGAUAGUGAAAGGUGAAAAUGAGAAAAAGGUGAGGUUUUCGGAGGAUGAGGAGGUAUUGCCGUCGAACAAAAAUGGCCAUGAUGACCAUUACCCGGAGAAGGAAAAGAAGAGACAAGAAUCACUGUCAGCCAGUCUGAGGAGAGGGGUGGUCGAUGAUGAGAAGAGGUUCAAGUCAAUGCCUGAAAAUUGGCAAGCCCUUUACAGAGGGAUUAUACAAUUUAGGUCUCUCAAAC